AUAUUCCUUGCUGUUUAUAAUUUUAGAUUCCAGAAACUACGAGGACAGUGCAACUAUAUUGUUUCCGUGAAAUUUUUCAAGCAGUGGAACUUUUUUGUGACCAUGAGAACCUGUGUAAUCCUUUCCCGGAUUAAAACCCCUCCUUUCUUCUACAAGUUGUUGUGCUUGUGGAGAGAUUAAAAUUUCCGAUUUUUCCUGGGACACAUUACAAAGGCAGGCUACCUGAACCCGCACUUGCCUCGAACCUCUCGCUGGAACCUGCACUGAAAAUAGAUUUCAAUUCCUUUUUUCUGUGAUAUGAGUUCGUCGAAAUUUGGCUUGAAUGUCUAAUUCGGUCCCAAAGACAAACAGUAACAUAUAUAUUUUUCUCAGUUGGCUCUGUCCAUAAAUACAUCCUUAUUCGAAGCUGUCAACCUAACAGAUAACAACUGCAAUUCUAAUCACCCCAAGCAAACCCACUUGACACAUAAUUUAUCAGUCAAAUACACCCUGAACUACACCAAAUCCACUGCGAUUCCAUUGCCUAAGCUCAAACAUAACGUGCAGUUUAUUAUCAGUUGUAACUUAUUGUAGAACAAUUUUAGUUUUGAGUUAAAUCAUUAUCAGUGUUUAGAUAAUUAAAUCACUGUUUGAAAAUACACAGUAAAAAAACUAUUGAGAGACAAAACGUGUCGUAUUUGGAAGUUACAUAUUAAACUAAAUAUCAUGGAAGUUGAUUUACAACACGAGUCCCAAUUUGAGGGAGAAAUUGGAGAGUCAGAAAUGGACACGUCUGGAAUUGACAUCGACAAUGUUGAUUGCAUUCCCAAUGUCAGCAUCAACUCCUUCGAACCGGAAACACUCCCGGACGUAAAUGACCAGAGCAUCUUUUUUCUCACUCAAGCGUCUGAAAGGAUCUUCUCAGACAUGAAGAACAGCAAGUUUUUCAGCUGCCUUCGGAGCGCUCCAUGCUGGAAACUUUACGUCAGCGAGCUAAUGUUCGGGGUUCUAUUUUACGAGGCUCCGUGGAACGAGACGUUUCAGAGCAACUUUCUCCUGAGAAAGUUGAAGGACAUGGAGCGAAUCAUCGUUCUCCAGAAAAAUGUCGCCGUGGACGUUCCCCUCUCACCCGUCACACAAACCGUAACCACCUGCAGAUCUUUAAAUGUGACACACAUGCGACACGGACGAGUAACCCAGAUGUUUGAGUUUGAAAUCAAGAAGGCUGACGAGACCACUGUUCGAUGUACUCACAUGGGCACCAGUAUUCUAGACGAUAUCAUCAGUAGCGGAAAGUACAACGUGGGUAAACCUUGUCCAGGUUUCCCGAAAAUUUUCAAAGAAUUUCAACCCAACGAGGCAUCCUCCUCAUAUGAAUCAGACACCUCUGAUUCACAAUUCACAUCGUCAUUGUCAUCAAUGUCAUUAUCGUCAUCGUCGUCAUCGUCAUCGUCAUCAUCGUACUUGGACCUGCCCCCAUCGGCCGUUGAACUCACAAAGUCAUUUUCAGCCGUUCUUGAGGACAUUAGGGAGGCCUUGCAGCCGGAUAAAUAUCAGCAUUUCAAAAUUGUGACUUCCGGUGCUGACAAGCUGGUCAGCUUGUGGUACAUGAAGCACUUAUCGGAAGAGUUUCACAGCAAAGUGCACGUGGAUCAGCAUUUGUUCACAUUUAUUCAGCGAUUCCUUCCGGAUUUCGAGAAGGCCUUCAGCCCCACAGCAAGCAUUCGAUGUCGAUUCCACUUCAAUUGCUGCGACUCUUGGAGCAAGACUCUGGACUCUGGCUGUGUCAUUGGAGUAAACCCGAGAUUUGUGAAUACGAACUUCAUUUGCAUUGGAUAUUGGCAAAAUAAGCUCCCCAGGAACUUUCGGAUUCCAAAAACCAGCCACUGCAUUCCAUAUAUACACGAAGUUAUUUAUGAUUUUUGAUCUCACGAAUGUGUUCCUUGUAUUGGUGCGAAUUUAGUUAAUGUAUUAGUUGUUAGCAUAAUGCGACGUUACGUUUCAAUAAAUAGCAAAUAGGCGUUUGUACUUUUCUACAA